AUGCAUUCCUCUCCAGCCCAGGCACAGCUACAGACUUUGUUAGGCUAUCGGUCGACAAACGAGCUAGAUCCCGUCCUGCCGUCGAGACAGCCUCAACCGUACCCCAUUGCAUACUACGCUACAUCCGUCGAGCUUCGAGCCUCACGCAUGAAACGCCUCUCGGUCAUCUCAACCAUCCUCCAACCCGAGCCUAUCACUCAAGCGCUGGGAAACUUUGAUAUAUCUCCCGGCAACACCCCCAUGCUGUGUUUGGAAGUACUCACGUCAAACUUACACCUCUUAUAA